AUGCCAUCGACAACGACAGAUUAUACAGCAAAUGAUAAGAAUCAUCAAAAGUUAUUAUUAUCAUCUCGUGAUUGGGAGACACUAGCUACAGAUCGCGGUAGUCUACGUAAAGAAAAUACGACGUUAUCGAAAAUCGGUGGGUCUGAGCGAGGACUUAGUACGCGUGGAGGUGGACAAACAGAUCGUAGUCGACGAACAGCACAUGGAAAUUAUGAAUCGGAUGCAUCAAGUGAAGAAGAUGAAGAAGAAGAUCAACUAAUCGAACGAGCAAGACAAGAUCAAACUGAUUUACCAACAGAAUAUUGGCAAAUUCAACGUUUAGUCAAAUAUCUUAAAGGUGGAAAUCCAACGGCCACUGUAAUUGCAUUAUCAUCAAUUCGUGAUUUUAAUUUAUCGAUUGAAACAUGUCAAGUAGCUAUUCGUGAUGUUGGUGGUCUUGAUGUACUCGUGAAUCUACUUGAAACAGAGGACUUCGAUUGCAAAAUCGGUUCAUUACAUAUUCUGAAAGAAAUUUCACAGAACCCAUAUAUACGUCGAAAUAUUGCUGAUCUUGGUGGUUUACAAACAAUGGUAAAACUACUUGAUGAACCUGAUAAAGAUUUAAAAUGUCUUGCUGCUGAAACUAUUGCUCAUGUCGCAAAAUUUAGACGAGCAAGAAAAGUUGUUCGACAGAAUGGUGGCAUAAAACGACUAGUUGGACUUUUGGAAAAUGCUUCUAUUAGUGGUCACGGCUCGAUUAGUCAUAUUUCGGCUAGUGAAAAUGCUAAAAAUAUUGAAGUUGCUCGCGCCGGUGCAUUAGCUCUUUGGAGUUUAAGUCGAUCGAACCAUAUUAAACACAGUAUGCAACGUGCUGGUGUUAUUCCACUUUUAGCUAAAUUACUGAAAAGUUCAAAUGAAACUAUGCUUAUUCCUGUCGGUGGUAUAAUAGAAGAAUGUGCGACAGAUGCCGUCUAUCGAAUGGCUAUUCGAGGUAUGGUUCCUGAUCUUGUGAAAAAUUUAUCAAGUACAAAUGAUGAAUUGAAGAAGCAUUGUGCCAGUGCGAUUUUUAAGUGUGCGGAAGAUAAAGAAAUUCGUGAUCUUGUACAAAAAUGUUCUGGUCUUCGUCCUUUACAUGAUUUAUUACAGAAAUCAGGUAAUAAACCUCUCUUGGCAGCAGCCACUGGUGCUAUUUGGAAAUGUUCAAUUUCUCGCGAAAAUAUUGCACAAUUUCAAGGAUUUCGAACAAUUGAAACACUUGUUCAAUUACUUAAUAAUCAACCAGAAGAAGUCUUAGUCAAUGUCGUUGGUGCAUUAGCUGAAUGUGCUAAAGAACCAGAAAAUCGAAUAACAAUUCGUAAAUCUGGUGGCAUUUCGCCAUUAGUUAGUUUACUUACAGGAACAAAUCAAUCUCUAUUAGUUAACACUUGUCUUGCUUUACGUCAAUGUGCAGAAGAAACUGACAGUAUACAGACGAUUGAUCGUUUGGAUGGUGUUCGACUCUUAUGGUCACUUUUAAAAAAUCAAAAUCCACGAGUACAAGCAGCAGCCGCUUGGGCUAUAUCACCAUGUGUGAAAAAUAUUAAAGAUUCAGGUGAAAUGGUACGAAGUUUUGUCGGUGGUCUUGAAUUAAUUGUAGCAUUAUUAAAAUCAAAAGAUGUUGAAGUAUUAGCAAGUGUUUGCGCUGCUAUUGCUGAAAUAGCAAAAGAUGAAGAAAAUUUAGCCGUCAUAACAGAUCAUGGUGUUGUUAAACUUCUUUCAAAUUUAGUAACACGAACUGAAGAUUUACUUCGUCGUUAUUUAGCUGAGGCUAUAUCUGAAUGUUGCAAAUGGGGAAAUAAUCGACAAGCAUUUGGUGACCAUCAAGCAGUUGCUCCACUUGUUAAAUAUCUUAAAUCAUCUGAUCCUAAUGUACAUCGAUCAACGGCGAAAGCAUUACAUCAAUUAUCAAAAAAUCCAAUGAAUUGUGUUACAAUGCAUGAUUAUGGCGUCGUUCGAUUAUUAAUGGAAAUGGUCGGCUCGAAAGAUGAUGUACUUCAAGAAAAUGCAGCGAUUUGUAUUUCAUAUAUUCGUCGAUUGGCAUUGGCAAAUGAAAAGUCAAAAAAUGGCUGA